GCACAAGACGGAGGCUCUGUUAGCUACGUGUUCUUCCGCUCUUCGACCAAAGCUUGAGUCACGUCGAGCCGAGUGCGAAGCGCGGUUGCGCCAUCUGACGAGGUGCCCACGCCACCGUGCGAAGACGCCACCAUGGCGGAUGGACAAGGGGAAGGCCCAUCAACAUCACGAGAUCCAGUAUCUACGAAGUUGCGGAUAUUAAAUUCGCCCGUUGUUAUGCGUGGGCAGACCCACAAGUCUUCUACACACAGCACCGCGACGCUCGAUCAUCGCGAAGCUAUCAGACUUCAGCAAGCAGAAUCAGAGAAAGCUAUGGCUCGUCAAAAGCGGACUGGACAGUCUCGGAAUGCAUGGGAAGAGAAAAUUUUACCUCGUGCAUCACGAUGGGACGCACUUUCCUCUAGCGAGCGAGACCGUGCGAUCCUCGCAUUCAUGCAAGCUGGCCCGUCAGAGUCUGAUGAAGAAUACGGCGGAGACGAAGACGAACUAGAUGAUGUGCUAAUGGAGACCUUGCUGAACGCCGAGUUUGAAGAUGGCACGAAAGGCCAGAAUAUACUGGAGCCGGAUGAUUUGUCCAACAUUAUACGAGUCCAAGUCCCUUCUGACAUCAACAUGGAUGAUUGUUAGUGUUGCCGUAUUGAUUCUGAUAAUUAUACCUUACAUAUUUGGUUAUACGUUUGUAUGUACUUGUGUUGACCGACACCGAUUGCAAUUGAAAUUUAGCGAAAUGGAC